CGGUGAGCAAAACAACACCACAGAAGAGAUUUCUGCAACUACAACUAUAUUUGAUAACAAAGAGAUGAAGCCCAUGCUGCAAAAGAUCACAACUAUAUCCCAGCUAGAAGAGUGUGGAUUCGGUCAGCCUUGGCCCAGACAUGGACUCAAGCUCUUGUACUGGUUUGCUAAAGACUGUAUUUGGAUUAAUGAUGAUGACGACAUGUUUCUGGCAUGUGACCCGGCAAAGGAAGACUUCGGCUUUCACCUCUUUGAGAACAGAUACACUAAAUGUAAAGGGAAACUUCUUCCAGAUUUGGAGUUUCCCUACUACUUGCUGGGCAAUCUGAAUUCACCAGGAGCUGAUAUCCUGCCAAACUACAUCAAGGAACACAACACCGGCCAGCAAGACGACAGCAACGUGGACCGCAUCAUUGUCACCGCUCACGGAGAGUGGAGGUUUGGGAAAAUUUACGUGACCACGCACAAAGAUCAGUCAAGUUUUGAUCCAUACGCCACAUUUCAUAUCUCCAGGAGCCUCCUGAAGAACAUCAAAUCAUUCCAGAAUCUAGAAGACUUUCUGCAGACCAUUGGAUAUCAGAAGCCAGAAUUCCGGAUGGCUAUGUUGAGUAUUAGCGAUGUUUACGCAGAUACUGAUACACCAUCUCGAAACUGUGUCUGUAGCUGUACCAUACUCUGAAAUUAUUUGGGAGGAAAAGUUGCAGGGAAAGUCUCUGAGAGGCUUUUCACACUGGGUAAAGGAACAAUUCACACUAUUAAUUUAGAAGUGGGUUAUGAAACCCCUUUCCGGAGCAGGAUCACCACCGCUUUUGCACCACUAACACCGCAUUUAUGGCUAGACAUUUAGCAACCGACAGUCAAUCAUGUGCCUCAUAAAACCCUUUCACACAUACAGUAUUUACUGGUAAAUUAAUAUUAAG